CCAACUGUAAUGUGAAGCGUUGGCGUUAGCUGUAGCUUGUUAACUUCAGUGCAUUUCUAACGAUCGGCAUCUACUGUGUUAAAGUUAGAUCGUACAGACAAGAAAAACAUGGUGUCUACAUUUAAUAUGAAACCGUGGAUACUACUAUAUUUAUUCAUAUCGUUUAACCGACGUGUUAUUGCAAUGGACAAACAAAUGGAGGAACCAUUAUGUACAUCUAGAUUCGACUACGAAUAUAAAAUGUUACAUAAAAUGGUAAUGUUGGAAAUCGAACAAAACAAAAUAAAGGAAUUGACUGAGAAAGUUAUUAAACUAACAAACACAUUGAAAGAGGAGAGCCUUCAUACUCGAGCAAUAGUAGACCGUGUAGAAAAAAGGAUAAAAGAGAUAGACGCGACAAAGUCGUACAGUGGGGCAGGAAACACAUACGUCCGCUGGGGAAGAACAGAAUGUCCCGGAAAUGGAACAGAAAUGGUGUACAAGGGAUAUGCAGGUGGUGGACAUUAUGAUAAAAGAGGUGCCGCAAGCAAUUAUUUAUGUUUACCCGAGGAACCAGUGUGGGGUGUUUAUGAAGAUUCAGAGCAGGUAUCUGGAACCGUCUAUGGAGCAGAGUAUGAACUCAAAGAAAGACAUAUGGAUAAGUUCUUUGGAAAGACCUUGCUCGACAACGAUGUGCCAUGCUGUGUCUGUAGGACAAACCGACCAAGUGUUAUAAUGUUACCGGGUCGAAACAUCUGUUAUGACGGAUGGACAUUGGAAUAUAGCGGGUAUCUCACCAGUGGACAUGAAAACCAUCAGGCAACAACCGAAUUUGUUUGUUUAGACGGCGAGCCGGGAUUUAUUGGCGGAGGACCAUCUAAUGCCAAUGGAAAGUUGUUCUAUUUUGUUGAGGCACGCUGUGGGUCAUUGCGAUGUCCACCUUACGUGAACGGACGGGAACUAACAUGUGCUGUUUGUUCAAAAUAAACGUUUAAGAAAGAUUCCAUAUAGUGAAUUUAAAGACAUUUCAGAAAGAUUCAACAGUGCAUUUUUGUUCUCGUGUUUAAUUUUGUUUUACUACACUAUUGCUUUAACCCAGUUAUAAACUAUAUCUGUAUUAAAGACAUUAAUUUUAAGAGGAUAUAACUACAAAUUAAACUUAAAAACUAUAUUUAACUAAGUCACUCCCAUGGGCUAAGUUGUUCGAAACUUAACCGGCUGUUAAACUAACGGCCGGUUAAAUUUUGAUUCAAAAUACUUUUCUUGGUCGGAAACAUUAGUAAUCUAUGGCGUUUUGAUUUUAUUGUAAAGAUGCUUUUAGUGUUGAUUAUUCUUAACCCAUUCAUUUGUUUUUAAGGCUUCUGAAAUGUCGAAAAAUAACGUUGAAAGAAUAUCGUAAGACUAAUCGCCAGAGAAAGUUUCGAACAACUGAGCCCUGGUAUUGUGAAGAUGAUAUAAUUGGAAGUCGUUUAAACGGUAUUUUCCUAUUUUUAGGUGUAGUUAAAGGGGUUAAGCUAUAGAAAAGUUGCUGAAAAGUCGUUAAAGUGUUUUCUAUUUUAGCUCGGACGGCUCCUAGAUGAAGGCAAACGAUACAAACAAAAUUGAGAGAUGUCCAUACAAGAAUGGUACAGACCAAGUUUUGUGUAAUCCUGUUAGGAUCAAAGGAGAAGAUGUUUAUAUAAUUUUAUAUUUUCUGCCCCGGCGGGCCUAAAAAGGGGUCAAGCAGACCGUUUUGGAAAUCUUUGAAGACGUUCAUACAACUUAUACACUGAGAACACUAGAACUACGAGAAAUUAUAUACCUAUAUAAAUUCUGUAAAACAAA